AUGGCGCCCGCGGUAGUGGAAAUCGCUGCGCAAUCUGCAGCCAAGGACUUCAAGACAGAAUCGGCCACAGCGAGACUGCUAGGAUCAGGUAGUGCUGGCAUCGCCGAGUUGGCCAUCUUUCAUCCUGUGGACACCAUAGCAAAGCGAUUGAUGAGCAAUCAACAGAGAGUAAGCUCUAUAUCACAACUGAACCUAGCAAUCUUCAAAGACAAAGCACAUGAUUCCGCUGUCCGAAAAUUUGGCUCUCUUUUCCCUGGGUUAGGCUAUGCAGCAGCAUACAAGGUUCUGCAAAGAAUUUAUAAAUACGGUGGACAACCCUUUGCAAAGGACUAUCUAGCAGCACAUUACGGACAUCAGUUCGACAGAACUUUUGGCAAGGGUAAUGGUAAAGCUGUCAUGCACGCUACUGCGGGAAGUCUUGUUGGGAUAGGAGAAAUUGUUUUGCUACCUCUAGACGUGUUGAAGAUCAAAAGGCAGACAAAUCCAGAAGCUUUUCGAGGUCGAGGCGUGGUACGAGUCUUUGCCGACGAAGGCUUUGGUCUUUACAGAGGUGCAGGUUGGACUGCUGCGAGAAAUGCCCCCGGAUCUUUCGCUUUAUUUGGUGGCGCAGCCGCAGCAAAGCAGUAUCUGUAUAAAUUAUCGGACUACAACACCGCCUCCUAUCUACAGAACUUUGUUGCCUCCAUCGCUGGCGCCACGUCCUCGAUACUUGUCUCUGCGCCCUUAGAUGUCAUCAAAACUCGAAUCCAGAACAGAAAUUUUGAGAGCCCCGAGUCCGGCUUCAAGAUCAUAGGUAGUAUGAUGCGUCAGGAAGGUUUCCGGAGCUUCUUCAAGGGUCUCACCCCGAAAAUACUCAUGACUGGACCAAAAUUGGUUUUCAGCUUUUGGUUAGCACAAACUUUAAUUCCUGCUUUCAGCAACAUUGUAUAG